UCCAAACAUGUUCCACGUGAGACUGAUCUGUCGUGUGAACAUUCAGCGUGUUUGAAGGAUCCGUCUUGUACGAGGAGGAGACUGAUCAGCAGCGUGGACUGCAGGAAAUUACCUGGAAAACCGAAAUUAAGUUGUCCAGAACAGGUCUUCACCUUGAAUGGAGUGGAGCCACGUUUGAAUCGCAGGAGGGGGAUCUGGCGUCAGAUCAAGCCAAGUUCCACUGACUUGCUUUGCGCGACACAGUAUCCAUGUGAUUCAGUGACCAGCCUGGCAGAUCGGAUAUGGAAGUAUGGACCAAGACUAUGCUGGACUAACUGAGGCUCUCAAGGAGUAGAAGACAGAAGAUCUUUGAGAUCAAUGGAGAUGGAUGUUGACAUUUUCGGUGUCAAGGACAAGGCAAACACAGUAUGGCAAUGGCGAAUUUUGCAUGCAAAGAAAUAUUCAACACAUCCAGAUCCAUUCUUUUACAGUAACAAAAUUGGACUGAAUUUUAAUGUUGCCUCCAGCUCUCACCCAAAACUGAAUUCACCAUUUGUGCCAAAUGGCGUCAUACUUGAGGUGUGUGAAUUUGCUCGAACGAUCAACAAGAGUCACAUGCACUUCAUCCCAAACAUUCUGGAAAACAAUUUUGAUCUUGGAUUUGAAAAUGAUCAACAGCGGAUGGAUUUCACUGCUCAAAUUCAGCACAAGCUGGAAGACUUGGUCCGAAAACCUGUCACAGAUGAAAAUGAAGUUUUUGCUCUUUUCAACACCUGGAAGACAGAAUGUAGCAAUAAUGGACUGAACAAGGCAACAAGGACACACAAACCUCAGAGUUUCUUCAUGGAAAUUGAGAAUAUAAGUGAACUUGAACAAUUAUUGAAAUGUUCCUCGGAAAAAGAGACAAAGAAAAAGAGACAGAAAAAGAUACCAACAUCACACAUUGAUGGCGGUGAUCAGAAAGAUAUGAAAGAAGUCCUCAGUGAGGACAUUCCUUUGUUGUUGUUCCCUUCUUGUGAAAACAUUGGUUUGAAGCUUGGCACGGGGACUAAACAAAGUCUUGAUCCAGGCUUGUUAACAGAGAGAGUGAUGUUUGAGUUGUUGGAUUUUGCACGAGUCUUGACUGCCUCCUUCUCCUCCAUUGUCGUCAGUGUGUUGGAGCAUAAUUUUGAGCUUGAUAUGAAAAAUCAUCAGAGAAGGAAUGAAGUGUGGUUAUUGAUAUCACAGAUGCUAAAAAAGGGGAAACAAAUGGCCGCCAGUAACACAAACGUCAUCCCAAAGUUUGAAAAUGAGCCAUUUUUCUUUGAGAGAAACCCAUUAAAGAGAGCCUACGUACCAGCACUGUCUACAGUGGAAACCCUUCUGUCAGAAGAGACAAAGAGACAAAAGCUGGAUUUCAGUGCUUCUCAGGAAAAGAUGCCUCCUUCAGUCACAAAGUGCAUCAUGAGGAAGGACCAAGGACAACUGGAUGAAAAUGUGAACAAGAAAAGUCUCUCUCACAACACUGAGUUGUGUUCAGGUACAGAAGAGGAAGAUGAGCAUUGCCACAUGUGCCCUGUGGAGGACGACGCAGAUUCAGAAAGUAGUGGCGUGCAAAAGUCAACAGGCUGUGACAUGUCUACAGAAUCAUUAAGUAGGUUGAGUAAACAGUCUCAUGCCACCACUGAUGGUUCAUGUAAUGCAUCCACAUUGAACACAGAUCUUACCCCACCAUCUGACUUCCAGCCAAAGAAAACUGUGCAAGGCAACGGUGAGACACAGAUUCCAAGAAAUGUACCAAAUGACUUCGGCAUCGACCAAGAAAGAGAAAUAGAUUCCAAUUUGUGGAAACUGCGUGCCAGUCGCGUAAACCAAAUUCUUCUGACACUGGACAAAGACCAAUCUAAAUUCAUUUCUGUGAGGAAUCUCGGUGUCGAGUUUGAUGUUGGGUUUGGACCCAAACAGAAUCUUAGUCUUGAUGAUUUGACAAGUCCAGUUCUUUUUGAACUUGCACAAUUUGCAUUAGCCAUGAAUUCAUCCCAGCAGGAAUUCAUCCUGGAGAUUCUUGAGAACAACUUUGACUUGUGCCUGCAAAGUGAACGCCAUCAAAAAACCUUCAUGUGUGAAGUCAUGAAGCGAGUAAGAGAACUUCAAAAAUGUGAGGAUGCGGUCAAAUUCUCCAAAGAAGCUUUUGAACUCCCAGUUCCAGUGUCACCUGUUGACAGAAUGGAUCUUAAUCCUUUCUGUAAGGACAUUGGUCUGAGGCUUCAAGUCAAUUGCAGGCAUUCAACUGGAAAACUUGCCAUCAAUAAACUGACCAAAGGAGCAAUGAUUGAAGUUGUGAAUUUUGCAACAACAUUGUGUGGAACCUUUGAACAGAUCUGCAUGGAUGUGCUCAGACACAACUUUGACUUGCAAAGUGUGGAUUCUUACCUUGCAACAACAAUUUUUGCUCAAAUCGCUGUUGUAAGUAAAAUGAAGAAUCUAUCAGAUAACUUCUCUUGCAGAAUAAUGAAACAUUCCAUAACAGAUCCUUCAAUACUCAUGUAUGGAAGAAAGCCCAGUGACACACAAGUACAAAAUAACCCCAACUUGUUAUUGUGGUUACUGCGAGACAGUCGUGUUAAACAAAUCCUUUCAGUGCCUCAUGGAGAUCAGUGUCUGCUUUAUUCUUACUCCACAUGUAAGAAUGUCGGCCUUGAUUUUAAUGUGGGGUCUGGAGUAAAACGUAACCUUGAUCCAAAAUGCUUAACAAAUGGCAUCAUGGUUGAACUUGCCACUUUUGCCAAGACACUGCAGUUAUCUGAAAAGGAUUUCAUGACAGAGAUUCUGGAGUUUAAUUUUGAUCUAAAUUUCAACAACGAACUUCAUCGCAGUGCUUUUACAAAACAACUGAGCGCAGACGUUUUUCAGCUCAUUUCAAGAAACAAGAAAUUCCCGCUGAAGAACAAACAGCAGUUUGAGCUCCCUGACUUGAGAUGUUUAGAAGAAUGCACUCCAGACUGUCCCAAAUGUUACCGAGACAGGAUUGAAACCUGUCUUCAGAAUGAAUCUGAAUCUGGUCACAUGCCUCAUGUUCGUCCUCAUAACAUCACUGAUGAAUCACGACCUCAUAUCUGCACAAAACCAAAGUUUGCAAAGAUCCCAGUCUCUAAUUUCUCAUCAGCAGAGAUUUUAACCAAGCCCUACCGUCACAGUAAGGAAGCUGGUUUAAGCCUGUGUGUGGACAGAGACCACCCAAAAGAGAAGUUAGACUUGCAUGUUCUGACAGAGGAAGUGAUGCUUGAUGUGUAUCAUUUUGCCCAAAAACUGUGUGGAGCAGAAACUGAGAUCAUUCAUGAUGUUCUUGAGCACAACUUCAACUUGACACAGAAUCACAUUGAAGAUCUGACUCGACAUUUCUGUGACAGAAUGAGAACAAACAUUGAGGAGCUCGCCUGGUUCAAUGAAGUUGUUGAUCUUGAUAAAGCUCCUUCCAAAGCUCCCCAAAAUGAUGGUGAUGGUUGCUCUGAAAAAGUAUCCAGUUGUGAGGGUGCUUCCCAUUUCAUGGCCACUGAUGAUUUACCCAGUUCACCUGUCAACACAGUUGUGAGUUCACCAUCGUCAGAUGUACCUGAAGAAGUCAUGAUGCAAGAAAGUGAAACAGAAGACGAGAUCCUCCAAAAUGUUCCAAACAAAUCUGACAUGAACCAUGAGGAAAUGGAAACAGAGACCAAUAUCUGGAAGUUCCGUUCCAAUUAUGUGAGAAGAAUCCUACAAGCACUCGACAAAAAGCUUUGCUUAGACCAUCGAGGUGGAACGUUGGAGUUUAAUGUUGGAUCUGGGGCCCCCAGAAACGCCAGUCCAAAACAAUUGACAUCUUCUGUUCUGUACAAAGUUGUUCAUUUUGCAUUAGCAAUGAGUUCAUCCCAGCAGAAUGUCAUUCUGGAUAUUCUAGAAUCCAACUUUAACUUAAACCUGCAGAGUGAACACCAGAAAAUAACAUUUGCAUAUGAAGUCAUGAAAAGAGUACAGGAAUUAUUGGCCCGUGACGACAGAGAUAACAUUUUGAAAGAGGUGUUUGUUUUGCCAGGUUCUCUGUCAUUCAGUAAUGUGAAGUGUGAGAGUGAUGACAGUGUUGAUUCUGAACCUGAAACUUCCCAGACAGCUUCAGACCUUUAUCCAUUCUGCAAGAAGAUUGGUUUGAAGCUCAAUGUGAGUUUCUGUCACCCAGAUAAAAAGCUUGAACUCCACAAACUGACCAACGGAGCAGUGAUUGAGGUUGCAAACUUUGCAGAAAAAUUGUGUGGAAGCUACGAGCAGAUUUGUGUUGAUGUCCUGCGGCACAACUUUGAUCUUGAUUCGCAGAUAUCAGAUUCUGAUCUUGCUCAAAAUAUUCUUUCACAGGUUCCUUUUGCCAUUGAGGAAACUAAUCUUCGAUGUUUUUUCAGAAAAACCAAGCAUCCAACCACACUCAACUUAAAUGUCAUGGCCUCUCAGAGGAAUACAUCUUCACAAACAUGCAUGAUGAGUUCAGUUAAAGCAGAGAUGAACCAGAGUGCAAGUCAACCCGGUGACGUUGAAGCACAAAAUGAUCCAGAGUUGCUGUUGUGGAAACUACGAGCCAACCGAGUUCAGCAAAUCCUCUCAGUGCCCCACAAAGACCAGUGUCCACUUUACUCUUACAGCAGAUGUAAGACAUUAGGCAUUGAUUUUGAUGUAGGAUCUGGAUUGAAACGUCGUCUUGAUCCAAAACUGUUGACCAAUGGCAUCAUGUGUGAAAUUGUAUCUCUUGCCACAAAACUUGGGUCAUCCACAAUGGAUUUCAUGACAGAGAUUUUGGAGUAUAAUUUCAAUCUGCAAUUCAACAAUGUGCUUCACCGCAAAGCUUUUGCAAAUGCACUGCAUCCGAAAAUCUGUGAGAUGAAUCGGAUGAAACCCUCAGUCAUACAACUGAAACCCCUGUUUGAGCUGCCAGAUGAGAGAUUCAUUCAUCAAGUUGAACCGUUUGUCUUCAAAUCUCUACAAAGUGGUUACCUUUGUCCUGCCAAUUGUUCCCAUACCGUGACGAAUGUUGCUUCUGCUGAUGCAAACCACGAGGAAAAGAAGUCUGCAGUUGCUCCAUUGUCCACUUUCCCAGCAACAGAGGUGAUAACAAAGCAAUACCAUCACUCCAAGAAAGCAGGUUUCAGCCUGUGUGUGGAUAACGCUCACCCAAAGGCUAAACUGGACAAACAUCUACUGACAUAUGGAGUAAUGCAGGAUGUGUACAGCUUUUCUAAAAAACUUUGUGGAACAAAGUUGAAAAUUGUUAAUGAUAUCCUUGAACACAACUUUGACUUGGACCAUCAGAGUCAUGUGGAAAAUAUUGCGAUUCAUUUUGUCAGCAGACUCAACUCAUACAGUGGAGAGCCUCACUGGUUUAAUAAAGUCUUUGAUAUCAAGCCCAAGCCUCGAGAAUUUAUAUGGAAAAAACCACCUCCUGUGCCAAGUUGUGAAAGGAGGGAAUCAUCUCAAAGAAGGAAACAGGAUAUGCAACAAGCGAAGGAACUGAUUGCUUCGAGACAACAAGCAAAACAGAUGGAGGAAAACAUCAGUUCACAUCACUGUGAUUUGAGCAGCAGUCAUAUCAGUAGAAGACUACAUGUGCCCUCUCGAAGAGGACAGAGAUUCAGAAAAUGAUGUGGAUGAUAAUCAAUGUGUCAGUCAAGCCAGGUGGGACUUUUCCAGUGGAGCACAGAUGAAUGAUGUGGGUAAGCAUCACCUCACCACCAGUAAUGCUGCAUCGACUUUGAAUGUAAACACACCUAUGAGCCCACAAAGUCAGCCAGAUGAAGGCCAGUUGGCAGGUGAUGACAAAGAGGAACAUGUUCCAAGAAAUUUACCAAAUGGUUGUAUCAUCGACCGAGAAGUGGACCCAGAGCUCAAAAUGAGAAAAUUUCGUUCCAACCAUGUGACACAAAUCCUCCCAUUCAUAAAAAUGACGUCCUAUCACAUGUUCAAUGUUAACUAUGUCCCUGCCUGUGGUCCAAAGCAUUGGUCCGAAUCAGAGAUCUUGCAGGGAACCAGCCCUGCAUGUUUGAAGAGUUCAGUGGAAAUAUGUACUUUACAGAAUGUCGAUCUGGAAAAGUUAUACUCUGUGGUGAUAAUCAAGGAGGAGGAGCAAUGGCAUGUGCCAGAUGAAUGAUACUAUUGUGAGUGAAUCCAACGUCACGUUGACAUCAAGUGUUCAUGUAAAAAGUUUAUACAGGCAGCAGAGUCAACGGUCUGGAAUCUCUUUCAUCUUUUUGAGAUUUUGUGUGAUUGAGGAAAUAUUAUGUUGAUGUAUGUACCACUCAGUUUCAGAGUUGUUUUUUGUCUUGAGUUUUUGGCAGUAAAAGGUUUUAUUUUUGAGGCCUUACCAGCAGUCAGGAUCAUUUUGAACACCUUUGCCAGUUAUUCAAAUGGAACUAGUACCACUGUAAAUGGUUCAGCUCAUGUCUGCGUUAUUUAUUUAUUUUUUUUAUUUGUCACCAUUCCAUGCAUAUAAAUUGAUCUUUCAUUUUGAAUUGGAGUUUGUAAAAAUUGUUUACCAGUAAUCUGUUUUUAUUGAAGGGUGUGUUUAUGGUUCCUGAUGGUGUGUGUGGUUUUAUUUUGAAUAUUUUAGAAUGUCUUUGAAUGACUGUACUAUUCGUGUUUACAUUUUUGUAUUUUAUACAUAAAAA